CAGCAAUCUACAUUGCAACCCAUCUUCAUCGUUCAACUUAUGAUCGCCUCAAGACUUGAGAUAUUGGUUUAACGAGCUCACCCAAUGUACCGGAACUGCUCCUUCGACUUCAUCCUCAGCUCCCUUAUACAACUGCGGUUGAAAUCAAGGAUACAUCGAUGGACUGUUCAUUUUGUAUGUGAUCCUCUUCUUUGCUAUCUCUAUAAAGCGUAAAUUAGCUGGACACCAGGUAUAUUGCAAACUGGAACUCAUGGCUUUUAUGGUGCGGAAGUCAUUGAGAAGCGCCUGAAGCUAACUCUUCUACACAUUGAUGCCGUCGACGCAGACUGGCAGACUGGAUGAUGCAUCACUGUUGAGCAUGUCAUUCAACGUGAUUAUGCCGAGAACACGAGCAGUAUCUCAUGUGUCUUUUGCGUUGCUUCUUCUCGCGCGCGUACGAGCGAAACAUCUCUGUUGCCCGAGCUUAACCGCAGAUAAUAUGAUAUUACCUGCUGCGUAACAGGUGCAGGUCUUUUUUUGCCUUUCAGCAUUAAUUACCUCGUCCUCUUGGGUACAGGGAAAGAAUGAUUUGAAGCCAGAUUUGCUACUAUCUAAUGGCCACUGUGGAAUCCUGGUGACAUCGAGAAUUCUGGAACCCGACGACUCCGGACUUAUAAGUUGAACUUAGUGGCAAGAAGUCAAAGUCCGAGCGAGGUACAUACUGUACAUAGAGACGGCUUGCA